CACUGUAUUCCAGAGUGGGGGACAUGGUCUAUUUAAGUUGGUGGAUAUGUUGGGGUGCAUCAGUGAUUUCUCUGGUAGUCUGUUCACACAAUGACAAGUAUGGUCAGCUUAGAAACUCUUCAACAGUAUAUGUUGACUGUAUAACUGGCAAUGAUGUUGCGGACUGUGGGCGAAAUACAAGUAUUCCCUGCAAAACACUACAAUAUGUUGUCAGUAAGAGGGUGCAAGUGUUUAGGGUGGACCAUGUUCUUAUAGACAUUGCAAAAGGAGUUUGUAAUGAGAAUGGUGUUCUGAAAUUGGAUGAAGCCAACACUGUCACUCAUUGGUUCUUUGUCGGAUCUAAUUUAACACAGAAUUUCCCAACAAUUGUUCACUUCUCUGUUAAAUCUUUCAACUCUGCGAUCAGAUUUUCACACCUGAAAUGGGAAAACUCAAGUCACCAAAUUUCUUUCAAUGUUCACAUGGCUUCAGUUGAAUUUCAGCACUGCACUUUUAAUAAUAUUAUUUUUCAGUUUAACGGCCUAAAUACAGAUUUAACACUACAAGAUACCAAAGUGACAUACUGUAAAUCACGAAGCCAAGACAUUCCAUUGUUUUUCAUACAGACAUUGUAUGAUUAUGAGAGCAAUAUGUUCAUAGGAAAUUCAGCAUUUUCGUAUAAUACCGGUCCAAUUAUUUAUGCUAUGCAACUUCACGAAAUAUCUAUUCAGGAAACUUUAUUUCUAAAAAAUGGAAAAGAUUUGUUUUCAAAUUCAUCAUUAGUUACAGUUAGUGGUUCCUCUAUGGUCCUUGAGAAUUCCAUCUUUAAUCAAACUUUGGGAAGAGCAAUUGAAGUUAAGAAUAUGAAGCAUACAAAUGUGACUAGAGUAAUAUUUCUCCUCAACUAUGCUUCCAGUGGAAGUUGUCUGUUGGUAAAAAGACAUAGCAAUGUCAAUUUUGCAGAGACAGUAUUUAAACAGAAUACAAAUCCUGUUGUUUUGGUCAAAGCUCAUGAUGAUAUAAAAAUUUCACUCAAGGCAUGUACAUUCACUUGCAUCAUUCAAAAAGAAGAGAUGAAUGCCCCAUUUUUAAAAGCUCCAGAGAAAACAAAAAUUACAAUGACAAAUUCAAGUAUUGCAAAACCAUGCUCAGUUCAUUGCAACAAUGGUGAAAUGGUAAAAUCUAAUAUUUUUUGUGAGAAAUGUCCAACUGGGAGUUUCUCAUAUGAAGAAAACAACAUUAUAACAUCUGAUUCUUGCCAAAGGUGUUCUCCUGGGAGAUACGCAUCAGAGAAAGGUAGUACAAAUUGCAGUCAAUGUGCAGAAGGCACUUAUGCACAGAAAUAUGGAAAUACAGGGUGUAAAAAGUGUACAAAUGACUUUCUCACAUCAGAUUCUGGGUCUUCAAGUUGCUCAAAAAUGACUAUAGAGUUUAUUCUUAUUUUAUCUGGAAGCAUCCCAAUGAUUCUCAUACCAUUAUUCCUGCUACUUGGCAGACGAUUCCAAAAGAGACGACAUUUAAAAAUGAAAGCAAGGCUAGAGCAUGAGAAAUACAACAGAUUUGGGCACAUCAAUAGUUAAAGAAGUGUAGAAAAAACCUCUUCU